AUGCUAUUUUUAAUUAAGAACCUGAUUGGAUGCGCACUUCUCCUGUUCGUGGUGACUACACAUCUGCAUGGGACAUCGCACAAAUGGCAGAAGGGGCUAAAGGGGGGAAGAGUCCUCAACGGAAUAAAGACCCACAGCUGUGCCCAUCCGAACAGCAAUAAGUGGCCAUACAACAGGAACAGAAAUUGCAAGCUAAAAAGUUAUCUGUACGUCCACAAUAAUAAAAGAAGGAAAACCCAGUUGUACAAGCUUAACAGGUAUAAGGUCUGCUCGAUUUUUUCAAUCUUUGAUAAGAGGAAUGACGGGAAAAAGAAGAAGGGGGGGGAGCAAAGCAGUGCAGAAGUGUCACAUAGGGGGAAGCCACCCGCAGGAGGAAUGUCACAAAAGGGGAAGCCAUCCGAAGGAGGAAUGUCACAAGAGGGGAAGCUCACCACAGUAGAAAUGCCACAGGAGGGGAAUCCGUCCCCCGGAAAAGUAGCACCGGGGGAAGCGUCCCCGCCCGUGGAACCCCUUCCGCUGAGCACCCCCCACGGCUGGGAAUCGGAGGGAUGCAUCGACCUUAGCAACCUGGAGAUCAUCCCCAAAGAGGCGCUGAAAAACGUGGUCCAAUACAGAAAGCAUUUAGAAAACUUCAAAAUCAAAGUGUUCUUAUCUCUGCAAAGCAUCUUCUGUUCAUAUACGAAGGGGAUAGAGAAGAAAGACAAUUUGAGAAAUUUCGUCCUCCACCUAUUAAGCGAAUUUCAGAGGAAGUUCCACAAGCACACACACCUAGAGGAUGUGCAGAAUAUGCAGAACGGGAAAAUGAAGGAAGAAUAUUUGCAGAGCAAUUACAAUUGCUUCCUCGAUAUCGUUAAAACCAUUGAGGAGAAUCUCUACAAUCUUUUAUUGUAUAAAAUUCAGUCCAUGAAAUUGGAGGCAUUGGACGACAUUAAAGAAACAGUCCUCUCGCAGAGGGAAAGCAACGCGGAUUACAUUUCCUACGUUAAUCAUGUUAAUAAAACAUUCGAAGCGUACGAGAAGAAGCUACAGAAUUUAUUCCCCUCAAGUUUUAAAUUUUCCUUGUAUAAUAAAACGAGCAAAGAGAGCGGCGUUGAGGAGUCGAAGCAGCUGGAGCAGGGGCAGCCCUGCAGCCUCUCCAAUUUUGUGUACCAUUUUCCGAUGGAAAAAUAUGAACAUUUAAUAAAAAAAAAUAUAAAUUAUGUAAAGAAAUUAUCACACGAUCUGACAAAGAAGAAGAAAAAAAAACUCAUUAAAGAAAUUGAGCGAAGUAAGAGUUAUCAGAAUAUUCUACACAUCAUAGACAACCAGCAGAAGCAAAUUGAGAUUUUACAGGAACAGCUAGAGGCCAACGUGGAAGGUUUCCCUGGCAAGUACUCCCCCUUUCACUGCGCAGUUGCCUAUAGGAUCCCCGACACGAAUUUGAACAUUUCAACUCAGUACGUUAAGGGGAAAUUUAAUGUCAAGCUGAAUUGUAUUCCAGAUGACUCUUUGCAUUUGUUGGGGUCAUACGGAUUUGUGAAGGCCCUCCCGUUUGGUAACUUGGGGCUGUCCUUCUCGAUGAACUUUUGA